UUCACACCGUGAGAGAGUUCGUAGUGGAUGCCACUAUCGGGGCAAAAUGUUGCACCGAUAUCCGCCGACACGGAUAUCCAACACCACCUUGUCCUUCUGUGGGAAUGACAACCACUCUGCAUACAACGUGGACCAGGGCGUGCUGAAUAACGGCUGCUUCCUGGAUGCCCUGGGGCUGGUACCUCACGUCUUCCUCUUCUUCAGCACCUUCCCCAUCCUCUUCAUCGGUUGGGGCAGCCAGAGCUCCAAGGUCCACAUCCACCACAGCACCUGGCUCCACUUCCCCGGACACAACCUGCGCUGGCUGCUCACCUUCAUCCUGCUCUUCGUACUGGUCUGCGAGAUCGCAGAGGGGAUCGUGUCCGAUGGGUUUAGCCAGUCUUGGCACCUGCAUCUCUUCAUGCCUCCAAGCCUGGCCUUCCUAGCAGCCAUCACUUCCAUCAUCUACUAUCACAACAUCGAAACAUCCAACUUCCCCAAGCUACUUUUUGCCUUGCUGGUCUAUUGGAUCUUGGCGUUUGUGACUAAGACCAUCAAGUUUGCCAAGUAUGACGCGCAUGGCAUUAGUCUGGGCCAGCUGCGCUUCUGCAUCACCGGGCUGCUAGCCCUCAUCUACGGACUUCUGCUGGCCGUGGAGGUCAACGUGGUGCUGGCCCGGCGGUACAUGUGUUUCACCCAGCCUCCCGAGGCCAAGCCCCCAGUUGACCUGCAGGAUCUGGGCGUGCGCUUCCUGCAGCCCUUCGUCAACCUGCUGUCCAAGAGCACCUACUGGUGGAUGAACCACUUCAUCACCUCGGCCCACAAGCGGCCCAUCGACCUCAAGAUCAUCGGCAAGCUGCCCAUCGCCGUGCGCGCCAUCACCAACUACCAGCGCCUGCGCAAAGCCUUCGAGACCUUCAAGAAAGAUGGCGGUCCUGCGCCCCGUGGCCCCCAGUGGGUGUGGAGGGCCAUCCAGCAGGCGUUCGGGAGGUCUCUGCUUCUGAGCAUCACGUUCCGCUUCAUGGCCGACCUGCUGGGCUUUGCGGGGCCCCUCUGCAUAUCGGGCAUCGUCUAUCAGAUAGCCAAGGAGAACAUCACCAUCCAGUACCCGGUGCGGCUGCUGGGGGUCCACUUCAUCUCCUCUCAGGCCUUCCUGGCCAACUCCUAUGUCCUGGCCGUGUUGCUGUUCCUGGCCCUGCUGCUCCAGAGAACCUUCCUCCAGGCAUCCUACUAUGUCGCCAUAGAGACCGGGAUUAAACUCCGAGGGGCCAUGCAGGCAAAGAUCUACAACAAGAUCAUGCGUCUCUGCACUUCCAACCUGUCCAUGGGGGACAUGACGGUGGGCCAGAUCAAUAACCUGUUGGCCGUAGACUGCAACCAGCUGAUGUGGUUCUUCUUCCUCUGCCCCAACCUGUGUGCCAUGCCGGUUCAAGUGGUGAUUGGGGUCUUCCUCCUCUACUACUUCCUGGGUCUGAGUGCGCUGAUAGGGGCCACGGUCAUCAUGCUGCUGGCCCCAGUGCAGUACCUGCUGGCCACACAGCUCUCCAGCGCGCAGAAGACCACCUUCGAGUACACGAGCGAGCGUCUGAAAAAGACCAACGAGCUGCUGCGAGGGAUCAAGCUGCUGAAGCUGUACGCCUGGGAGAACAUCUUCCGAGACAGCAUCGAGGAGAUGCGCACCAAAGAGCUGACCAGCCUGCGGGCCUUCGCCCUCUACACCUCGGUGUCCAUUUUCCUAAAUGCAGCCAUUCCCAUUGUGGCAGUUCUGACAACAUUUAUAGUCCACAUCUACAUCUCGGCCAACAACGAGCUGUCCCCAGAUGUGGCUUUCGCCUCCCUGUCCCUCUUCCACAUCCUGGUCACGCCCCUCUUCCUGCUCUCCAGCGUGCUGCGCUCCACAGUCAAGGCCCUGGUCAGUGUUCAGAAACUCAGCGAAUUCUUCGGUGCCGAAGAGAUCGAAACUGAGUCCGAACCCUACAACCCCACCACCCCAGCUCCAGCCAAUAACCAGAACAACAUCAAGUCAGUAGCCAAGAGCCUGCUCAACCGCAAACGGAAGAAAGAGCAGAACUGCACCUCAGUCAAGAAGGCACCUGAGGAGGAACCACCGCCCAUUGACCACGAAGACAACAUCUGCAUUAAAAUAAUAAAUGGCUAUUUCACCUGGACAACGGGUACCCCCACCUUGUCCAACAUUGACAUAAGGGUUCCUUUUGGUCAGUUGACGGUGGUUGUGGGGCAGGUGGGCUCUGGGAAGUCUUCUCUGCUGCUGGCUGCUCUGGGAGAGAUGCAGUGCAUGACAGGAAGUGUGUCCUGGAACAGGUGAGGAAAUAGAGCUUGAAAGUCCUAUUAUUCAUGCAGAAGUAUCAAUAGAGGCGCCGUGGCUUAUGCGUCUCAGAGGCCCUGGCUGCUGAACACCACUGUGGAGGAGAAUAUUCUAUUUGAUACCGCCCCUAACCAGGCAAGGUACAAAGACGUGGUGGAGGCCUGCUCUCUGCAGCCAGACUUUGACUCUUUACCACAAGGAGACCAAACCGUGAUCGGCGAGCGGGGCAUCAUCCUGUCAGGUGGGCAGCGGCAGCGCAUCAGUGUGGCACGGGCGCUCUACCAGCAGACCAGCGUGGUCUUCCUGGAUGACCCGUUCUCCUCCCUGGACAUCCACCUGAGUGACCACCUGAUGAUGCAGGGCAUCCUGCGCAUGCUGCGGGCGGAGAAGAGGACCGUGGUGCUGGUCACCCACAAGCUCCAUUACCUGCCCAACGCUGACUGGAUAAUUGCCAUGAAAGACGGGACAGUGCAGACCCAGGGCACCCUGAGAGAUAUCCAGAUAUCAGAGCCUGAGCUCUAUGAGCAGUGGAGAGCCCUCAUGUACAGAGAGGAGGCGGGGAAAGAAUCUACGAGUGAGAUGAGGAAGAAGAGCUUCCGGAGAAACAUGUACUCAAGGGACAUCCUCACCAGAGAGGAAGAGGAGGAUACUGACGAAGAGUCAGUGACGGAUGAGGACAGCCUGGCGGCGGAGCUGCGUCACCGCGAGGCCAUCCCGUGGCGCUCCAUCAGCGCGUACCUGCGCUCGGGGGGGCUGCUGCUGCUGCUGGUGCUGGUGCUGUCGCAGCUGGGCAAGCACUCGCUCAUGGUGGCCAUCGACUACUGGCUGGCCCAUUGGACCUCCAGUGUGGUGGUGGCCAAGCUGGGCAGCAGCGCCGAGGGGGCCAACAACUGCACUGCUGAGCCACAGGCGUGUGCGUUCCCCCACUCGUCCUACCUGCUGGUGUUCUGCAUCCUGUGCUGCCUGGGCAUAGUCAUGUGCCUGCUCACCUCCGUCGCCGUGGAGUGGACAGGGGUGCGUGUAGCCACCAAGCUCCAUGGCAACCUGCUCAGAAUAAUCAUCCUAGCGCCCAUGAGGCUCUUUGAGACUACUCCCCUUGGCAACAUUUUAAACAGGUUCUCUGCUGAUACCAACACUAUUGACCAGCACAUCCCGACCACCCUGGAGUGUCUGAGUCGCUCGGCGCUGCUGUGCAUGUCAGCCCUGGGGGUCAUCGCCUACAUCACGCCAGGCUUCCUCUUCGCCCUGGCCCCCAUGGCCAUCAUAUGCUACUUCAUACAGAAGUACUUCCGCCUGGCGUCCAGGGAUCUUCAGCAACUGGAAGAGGGCACACAGAUCCCUCUACUGUCCCACUGCUCUGAAACUGUGGAGGGACUUACCACCAUCCGAGCCUAUAGGUAUGAACAAAAAUUCAAGAAGAAACUCCUGGAGUAUGCAGACGCAAACAACAUAGCCUCCCUCUUUCUGACAGCAGCUAAUCGUUGGUUGGAAGUUCGCAUGGAAUAUAUUGGGGCUUUUGUUGUCUUGAUAGCUGCCGUGGCUUCCAUCAGUAACUCCCUAUAUAGCCAGCUCUCCGCAGGUCAGGUUGGGUUAGCCCUGACAUAUGCACUGAUGGUGUCCAAUUACCUGAACUGGAUGGUCCGCAACUUGGCUGACAUGGAGGUGCAGCUGGGCUGUGUGAAGAGGAUCAGCAGUCUGCUGGAGACAGAGCCAGAGUGCUACCAAGGCUCCAUGACUCCAGCAGAAGUACCCGCUCUGUGGCCACAGUACGGUGAGAUCAACAUUGAGAACCUCUGUGUGCGCUAUGCCAAUGGACUGAAGCCAGUGCUCAAGCAUGUCAGCGCUCACAUCCUACCAGGGCAGAAGGUGGGAAUCUGUGGCAGAACGGGAAGUGGCAAGUCAUCUUUCUCCCUGGCUCUGUUCCGAAUGCUGGAUACCUUUGAAGGCCAUAUUGUCGUAGAUGGGAUCGACAUCGCAGAGCUGCCACUGCAGGCCCUGAGAUCACGCUUUUCAAUCAUCCUACAGGACCCCUUCAUGUUCAGUGGAACAAUUCGGUUCAAUUUAGACCCAGAGCGGAAAGCAUCGGACAGGACACUGUGGGAAGCUCUGGAGAUAGCUCAGCUUAUGCCAGUGGUCAGAGCUCUGCCCGGUGGGCUUGAUGCAAUGGUUGCCGAAGGCGGAGAAAACUUCAGCCAGGGGCAGCGUCAACUGUUCUGUCUUGCAAGGGCGUUUGUGCGAAAGAGCAGCAUCCUGAUCAUGGAUGAAGCGACCGCUUCAAUAGAUAUGGCCACGGAAAGCAUUCUGCAAAAAGUUGUCAUGACUGCCUUUGCAGACAGGACUGUCGUGACUAUUGCACAUCGGGUCAAUACCAUACUGAACUCUGAUAUGGUGAUUGUUAUGAAGAGAGGAGUGAUUGUGGAGUACGACGAGCCUGGCACACUCCUACAACAAUCAGACAGCGUCUUUGCAUCUUUUGUGAGGGCGGACAAAUGAAGGACAUGCACAACGAAAAUACUUUUAUAAAAGACUGUGUACAUAGUUUG